AUGGAUGUUCGCGUGGCUAAGUCCGAGGGUGAUCAAGUUUCGGGCUAUGUGGCAUGCCAAGGAUAUGAAACCUCAGCGGUUGUUACUGUAAUUUUUAUCGUAAUGUUAGCCAUAUUUUCUCAACAUCAAGAAAGGAUAUAUGAGGAAAUUAAAUCCACAUUGCUGAACACAGAAGAUUACGUUGAGUAUGAGGAUCUCAACAAAUGCGAAUUUUUGGACAGAUUUAUUAAGGAAGUUCUUAGACUAUUUCCCCCUAUUCCGUUAAUGGUUAGAAGUCUGGAGAAACCUAUUAAAAUUGGACAAUACUCCAUCCCGCCUGGAACGCAAAUAUUGAUUUCUUUAAUAUCGCUGCACAGGGAGAAGAAUAUUUGGGGUCCAACCGCCGAUGAUUUCGAUCCAGAUCGUUUUCUUCCCGAAAAUAUGAAGAAAAUGCAUCCUUACGCUUAUUUACCCUUUGGUGGAGGACCUAGGAAUUGUAUUGGAAUGAAAUAUGCUAAUGUAUUCCUCAAAAUGUUCCUCAUCCAAAUGCACAAUUAA